AUGAUCAGCGCCUCGCAACCCCAGGCGUCCAGGCUAUCGGCCUACCUCGCGCGGCUGAAUCCCGUCCCAGCCUUCCCCGAGUACACCGGGCCCUACAAGGUCGGCACAGUCGACGUCGAGAUCCCCGUCUCAGACCUCCCGUCUCCCGCCCCGCGGCCCGACAACGCCGGCGACGUCGAGACGGUGUUGUUCCGCGUCUUCUAUCCGGCGGUUGCCACGUCCAACGAGAAGCUCAUCAGCUGGCUGCCGGCGCCGCAGAGACACUAUGUCUCGGCUUACACAAAGUUCAUGGGCGUCGGACACACCCUGGCAGAGCUGCUCUCGUUCCUCCCCCGACACCUUCACUACACCUCCAUUCCCGCCCACAAAAACGCCGUUCUAGAAUCCGCAACCACCGACAACGAGCGAUGGCCCACCAUGAUCUUCUCCCACGGCCUCGGAGGCAGCCGCAACUCGUACUCGUACGUCGCCGGAUCGCUGGCCUCUCACGGGGUCGUCGUCUUCUGCCCCGAGCACCGGGACGGCAGCGCCGUCACCUCGUUUGUCCGCAUCCCUGAACAGUCUGGCCGCCAGUCCCGGAGAAUCAUCCCGUACAACCGCAUCUCGCAUGAUGUCUCGCCCGAGGUGUACGAGGCCAGAGAAGCGCAGCUGAGGAUCAGACUGUGGGAGCUGGGGCUGGUGCACGAGGCCAUCCUGGCCAUGGAUGCCGGCCGGGAGCUCAACAACCUCAACGUCUCUACCACGAGCCUCACCCAGUUCGUCGGCCGCCUGCACGUCAACGAGCCCGGCAGCGUCAUCUUUGCCGGCCACAGCUUCGGCGCCACCACCAUGUACCAGCUCCUCAAGAGCACCUACUACGCCGGUACUCCAGAAGUGGCCGCCAUGGAGAAGCCGCUGUUCACCCCUGCCGAGGACAGCGACAUCCGGAAGCAGGUGACGGAGAAGAACGUAACCAUGCUGCUGGACAUGUGGUGUCUCCCCCUGCUGGCCCCCAACUCGGCUCCGUUGUACAACCUUCCGCUCCCGAUCUAUGCCGACGUCCCCUCCGCACCGGGCGGCACCGCGCUGCUGGCUGUUGAAUCCGAGGCCUUCUUCAAGUGGCCCGAGCAUCUGCAUGCCACAGCACGGCUGCUGUCGCCCGACCCGUCGUCCAAGGUCGUGACGCCGGCCAUCUUCGAGCGGCCCAGCGGCAACAAGCUGCCCGAGCCCAACUUCUUCUACGUCAGCAGCUCAGCCCACCUGAGCCAGUCCGAUUUUGGCAUCCUGUUCCCGCUGCUGACGAAAAAGAUCUUCAACGCCGUCGAGCCCGAGCGCGCGCUCCGGCUGAACCUCCGGGCGCAGCUGCAGCUCCUCCGGGCCAACGGCAUCCCCGUCGCGCGGACCUGGAUCGGGGACCUCGUCGACGGCGGCUACGUGGACAAGCUGGACCUGGCGAAGAAGCGCUCCAGCGAACACAUUGCCGCCGACGGGCUCAACGACGACAAGGCCAUUUUCGACAGGAGCGGGACCGGCCUCGUCGACCACUGGGUCUGGAUCGACACCAUUGGGCUGGGCGAGCCGGAGGAGCAGGUCAGCGGCGAGUCGACGACGGAGAAGAUUGAGAAGAGCGAGGAGCAGAUGAAGGGCGAGCUGGAGCCGAGUGAACAGACUGCCGAGGCUGCCCCGUUGAAAGGUGUCACUCUGCCCCAGGGCCAGGGCUGGCAGGCGAUAUGA